AGAUAUUCAAUUCGUAUUGAAUUAUGAUGUCGACAUGUUUUGCAUUAAUUUAACAUUUUAAUUAAUUGUCUUCGUGUUUUAACAAUAAAUUUUAAUUAAUUAAUAGUUUUAAAAUGUCGGACACCAAUCCGUUUUCAGCAUUGUUUGGUGCAAGUGCCACAAACAGCACAGACAUUGAUGAAUCGAGCCCAAAGGGCCCAGUAGCUAGUCAAGAAAAUGUACAACCUGAAAUAGCCCCUUUGUCGGAAUUGCUCGAACGGAUAUUUAUGUUUUCUACCAACUUGGAAAGAGCAAUGGCAACCGAUAGAUUAUACAUGGAAGAGUUUAAUUUUGUAUUUCAAAAUGAUGAAUUAACUUUAGAUAACUUGCAACACGCGAUUUUUGAACGUGCUUUUAUGUGCAACACGGACAAUGAUUACUUGACUAUAUAUGCUUCAAAAUACCCCAACAGCCCCAAAUUUGAAACCCGGGUGUUGUUUUACUUCUAUAACUCGUACCAAAGACUAAGGAAUUGUACACAACUGGGUGAAAAUGAGAGAAAAGAAAUCAUUGAUUUAAUUUUGUCCAACUUUUCGACUGCCACUUUGCAACCUGACAUAUUUUGUGGACAAGACUUAGCAAAGCAAAUGCUUGAAAUUAUAACCAACUGUGAUCAAUACAGUGAAGAGUUCUUCACUGAAUGUUUGAGGAAAUCAUCUGAAACAAAAGAAGGUCAGGACAAAUCCUGUGAUUUAAUCCACAAAAUUUGUAAGAUAAUAAGAGACGAAAUAGUAAAUGAUGCACUGAUUGGCUUCAAGUUUAGAGUAUUUGAUGUAUUGAAGGUGUUGACCAAGGAGGAAUUUUUAGCUGAGUAUUUUAUGGAUUCCAUACAACCUAAACGGAUAAAUGUAGGGUCAGAUUAUGCUAAUACAGUGCUUGGUGCAUUAUUUAAUAUUUCAGUGUUGCCCAAAACUCCCAGUGGCACUUAUGAUCACUUUAGUGACCCAACAAACCCAGUGGUGAAUUCUCGAACAGAAGAGUUUUUGUGGUCUCACUUGGCGGAAAUUAACAGAAACAUUCAUUCAUUCAUACUAUUACUAUUAAAAAAAGGUCCAAAUGUUAAAGAGAAGAUGCUGAGUUGGCUUGGGGACUGCCUGAAAACCAACAUGCAAAGGGGGAAGAUUUGGAACUCUCAGGCUCCAUUGGAUCUAAAUCCUGCCAAUUAUAUGUCAGUGACUGAUGGAUUUAUGAUAAAUAUGUGCAAUGCUAUUUUGCGCCUGUGCCAACCCUUCACAUCCAACUUCAGGGAUCACAAAGUUUUGAAAGUUGACCCCACUUACUGUAGUGUACCAGAGGACAAGCUGAAAGAAAGAGGAAUCCACAUGUCAGAUAUGUACAAAGAAACAUGUUUACUGCCAACCGAGUCUGAAAAUGGGGUGAACGAAGAAAGACCCAGUGCAACGAGCUACAGUUUCGUCACUGAAUGUUUCUUUAUGGCUCACAGGACUUUAGACCUUGGUUUCAGGGUUGCAGUGGACAAACUAAUUAAAUUAAACCAUGAGAUGGUACGUAUGGAAAGGACGUUCAAUGAAGCUGCUGCUGGUGGAAGUAGUGAUGCUAUGAGAAGUGUACGUGAAGGACUCAAUGCCAAGUUAUCCAAAUAUCUUUCAUUAAAAUGCCAAUUGUCGGACCCUGAAUUAACAAACAAUAUGUUUGACCUUAUUUCUUCCACUUGUUACUGGCUUAGCCAAGUAGUUGUCCAUACUGAUUUCAAUAAUGGUAAUUAUGCACCAAUUAAUGAGGUAGAAAUAACAUUUCCACUGAGUGACGUCGUUCCAAACACUUUAAAAUGCAUUCCAGAAUUUUUACUAGAAAAUUUAGUGUCCUUUUUAACGUUUUUACGAAGGUUCAACCCGAAAGUAAUGGAAGAACACGGUUAUGACAAGCUAGAGCCCAUUCUCACCUGCAUUUUGAUACACAUGGGCUCGCAAAAAAUUGUUAAAAACCCACAUUUACGAGCCCGGUUAGCUGAAGGCUUGGAAUCCCUGUUGCCAUAUCAUAAAGACGAACCAUCUGGUCUGAACACAUUGGGUGGUUUUCAGAGGGAGAAGCUGUUUAGCAUUCAUCCACACUCUUUGCAAAUAGUUCCAAGUUUGCUGGAAGUCUUUGUUGGCAUCGAAAUGACUGGACAAAGUGUCGAGUUUGAACAGAAGUUCAAUUACAGACGUCCUAUGUAUGUUAUUAUUAAAUACCUUUGGGAUAUGUCUACUCACAUGGAUUGUUUCAAGAGGCUUGCUGAGUAUGCAGAACAAAAUAUGGAAGCAGUGAAUCCCCCGUUGUUUCUACGAUUUGCCAAUUUGUUAAUUAACGACGCUAUAUUUUUAUUGGAUGAAGCUCUAUCGAAUAUGGCCAAGAUUAAAGAAAUGCAGCAUCAACAAGAAACAGAAGAAUGGAGAAAGCUUCCGUCCCAGGAACGUAUGCAGCAAAUGGCCUACUUGCAGCACGUGGGAAUGCUGGCCCGGUUCGACAACAUCCUCGGCAGCGACACGAUCGGCACCCUCGUCAAGCUGACGUCCAAAAUCCAAAACGUAUUCACCCACUCGACAAUGGUGGACCGCAUCGCCGCCAUGCUCAACUACUUCCUGCUCAGCCUCGUCGGUCCCAACCAGAAGAAUUUCAAAGUGAACGACCCGCAGGAGUACAGUUUUGAUCCUAAGGCCACCGUCAUGGAUAUCUGUCGCAUUUACACGAACUUAAAGGACAACGACGCGUUUAUUUUGGCAAUAUCUCAAGACGGACGUUCGUACAGUCCGCAGCUGUUCACGUACGCUGAAGACGUGCUUGUGAGGAUCACCGGUGGGAUUCUGUUGUUGUCGGAAAUUAAGGAGAUCGCUGAGAGGGUGGAACUAAAGGCUGAGGAGUAUAAGGUCAGCGAGGAGGCGCUCGCUGAGGCUCCGGACCACUUCUUGGAUCCGAUAAUGUCCACGCUCAUGACUGAUCCGGUCAUUUUGCCCAGCUCCAAACAAACCGUCGAUAGGACCACUAUUGCCAGACAUCUUCUGAGUGACCAAACAGAUCCUUUUAAUCGUUCACCCUUGUCCAUGGAUCAAGUUAUUCCAAAUGUAGAACUGUUAAAUGAAAUACAACAAUGGUUGGCGGACAGAAAGUCACAUUGAAAUUGGGUGGCGGCUAUACCAUACAUCUUUGUUAUUUAUGAGAUUUUAUUGAUGUUUAUUUCCUUUGUUAAAUAUAUUUUGUCGGAAGUUUUUCCUUUGUAUGUGAAUAAAUAAACAUUUUUGUUUCGAA